AUGGUAGCAUAUGUUUUCCACGAGUUCAGUGUGUCCACCAGCAAACUGGCUAUUGAGGAAGAAAGGACUAUCCAAACCCUGUGCAUUGACAUCCUGCAAUGUCUGGACACCUCAGUCAGUGGAAUGACCCAAGUGUUAUGGCCAAGGCUUCUGGAGUAUGUGGUGCCAGCUCAGUACACUGGUACUUUGAAGCCUCUCUGCAGAUGCCUUAGGGAACUGGCUGAGAAAAAGAAGCAGGAAGGAGAAGAAGCUGCUUGCCUCGACUACAGUGGACCAGUGAAACUCCCUACACCCCAGGGGCUGCUGGCGCGACUCCUGGUAGUAGCCUCAUCCCCUUAUGAAAGAGAAGGACAUGGAUAUGCUGCCUUGCAAUUACUGAAGGCCCUGCACGAAACUAUCCAUGCAGCAGUGGGUGAGAUGUGGGUAGUAAAGAUCCCACCUCUGCUGCAGUACAUUGAAGGAAACACAGAGAAUUCCCUGGACCAUGAACGGUGGGAGCACAUGCUGCUUCAGUUCCUAAGAACAUCUCUGGAGACGAUAGACAACAGUGCCUGGAGCAGCCAGCUAAGCCUUGAGUUGAGCCAGCAGAUGGCCGGCUAUGCCAGCCCUUCCAAAGAGAAGAGUUUCCUGUAUAAGGCGCUAGGAAAGUCCUUAGCAGUUUGUCAGGACCUGGUCCACGUUAAAUCACAGAUUCAUAAAUUUCUGACAACAACAGAUUAUAUGGAAGCCCCUGAGACAGAGGGAGUCAUUUCCGUCCUCGCAUUCUCUGCUGAGAGCCACUUGGACCUCACCUUGAACGCACUUCAGGAGUUUGGGGCUGCAAUCAGCAAGGUUAAGAUUUCUGGGCUCAUCGACCGUCUGAAGGACUACCACCAUGGGAAAAGAGGCAAGACUCGCAGCACCCUGAUGCUGACAUACAGCAACGUGGCUGUCCAUGCUCCAAAAGAGCAGCUUCUCUCCCGAGUAGAGGCAGACAUCACAGGGAACAUCCUUCACCAUUACAGAGCCAGUUGUCGGGUGCUGGGCAUCACUCUUACGAACAAGGACAUGUACCUAAAAUUAAUCCUCAUCCAGAAUGUCAUGGAGAUUAGCUGUGCCAUCUUGGAGACCGGAGACUCCCAGGAGUUCGAAUUCUCUUACAAACAGGAGCUCCUUGGCUACAUGCUGGACUUCAUUAAAAAGGAACCACUGGAUUCCCUGGCAUCUCCAGUUCGCUACAAGGCAAUUCUUGCCAUUGAACAUCUGAGCAAACUCAAACCAUCUUUGACCUUGGAGGAUAACUGUGAGCUCCUUGAUCAGUGUUUCAAAAGUUUAUUUCCCCUUCCUCCCUUGGAGAAGAUGAAAGAGGAAAGUGAGACAGCAAAGGAUGCUCUGCAUAUACAGUCACUGUACGUAGGGUCCUUGGAAGCCCUUGGCAAGCUAAUGAAGACUUUGCUGGAGGACGAACCAACCGCAGACUGGUUCCUGGAAAUGUUUGAACUACUAAGGACAUGGUUCAGUUCAGGGAAGGAGUGGGAGAGAGAAAGGGCCUUGCAGGCCAGCACCCAGCUGCUGACUGCCUAUCAAGAGACAGUUAAUAGCACAACUCAGGAAACUUUUAAUCAGUUUGGAUCUCUGAUUGGACAAAUAGCACCAUACAGCUGUGAUUCACUGGCCACGUCCCGUCAGUGGGUGGUUGACUGUAUCAGCUGCCUUCUCUGUAUACAAGGCCAGUCCAUGAACCUGGGGUCAGCGGCGGAGGAGCUGAGAUGUCUCCGUGAAGCACUAACACCUCCAGACCCUGAGGCUCUGUUUCAGACAUCUUCCAAAAUGGCCAGGGUUAUUAGUGAGUACUUUCCCACAGAACAGGCCACAGACUUUAUUCACUCCACAUUGGAAGGCAUUCUGUCUGCUAGCCCCACCUGUGCCACAGCAGCUGGACUGUGGAUGAAGAUCAUCCUGAAGGAGUGUGGAGAUGCCAUGCUCGACCAGGUGCCAGAUAUCGUGAAUAAUAUAUAUAGCUGUAUGCCUGCUAUCCAGGAGGGCAGCUUGAAGCAGUUCCUGGUGGAGGCAGUGUGCAGUCUCGCUCACCAUCACGUAGAGGCAGUGAUCUCCAGCCUCCUCACAGAACGUCUGCCGAUGGACAGUUACACCACUGAGCUGUGGAGAUCUCUGGGAGGAGACCCCUUGCUUGCCACUCAAGUCCUACAGGUCCUGAAAGACAAGAUAAAGACUCCAACAAGCCAAGAAGGCAACAUCACCUCAGAGACUGAAAUCGACAGGGAUUUUGCAGCUGCUGAACCUCUCGAAGCAACAUGUGCCAUCUUUGAGGUGGUGUCAGCACUGCAGUCGAGCAAAGCUGUGCAGGAGCUGCUCCCAGAGUUGUUUCCUGUUCUCCUGCAGCAGGUCAGCCGAACCCUAGGACAAGAGAUGCCUUUGCCAAUGAUAACCAGCCGGAGGGAAUUCCAAAAAGACCUACAACAUACUAAGGACAAACCUUGCCGGAUUUCUAUCAAAGCAUUAGAGGCUGUGCUUUUCAGAGCUGAGAAUGAGAUACUGGGGAGAGCGCUCAGGGAGCAGAGAACACAGAGUCUGCUUGAAAACCCCAAGACUCACCAUGAGGGAGUGUGUCUGCUGGUGAGUGUUCUGCUAAGAGCUGAACUAAUAACACCUGAGAUCUUACAGAGCCUCCUCCCCUGGGUGAAUUCCCCAACAGAAAACCUCCGAGUCACCAGCACAGCUUUCCUUGCCCAGCUAAUGAGUGACCCCAUGCUCAGGGAGAAGACGUUCCUUAAGUCCGUCUUGAGCAUCUUGGAAGAAAGGUCCCAGGAUAGGAACAGCAUUGUCCGCCAGAUGGCUGUGAGAGGCCUGGGAAAUUUAGUCUAUGGGGCGCCUGAGGAGGUGAAAAAGCACAAGAAGUUUCUUCUGGACAUAUUGAUCGGGGCCUUACAUGACAUUUUCAGUUCGGAAGUCAUUGGCGAGAGCAUGAAAGCACUGGCCAAAGUCCUGAAGGAGCUAAAAGAGAAGGACAUAGGUUCUUCCUUCAAAGACCUCACCCAACAGAUCCGGACCUACUUUGACGAUGAGGAUGAUGCUCUUCGCUCAAUGGCCUUUGUCCUAUUUGGCAUCCUGGCCCGGCUAACAAAGAGAAAAUGGAAGACCUAUUUUGCCGACCAGGUUAAACAGAGCUGGGUCACACUUCUGCUGCACCUGCAAGACCCAAACCCUGAGGUUUCAGUGGAAUGCAGAGCUACGUUUCACCUCUGUUUGCCGUUUUUGGGACAGAAGAGACUCCAAAGGGCAAUUAAUGAGCACCUUUGUGGCACAGCCAAGCUGAAGCCUGAAGAGCUCCAAGUGGACAUUUGCAGACACCUUGCCAAAGAGAAUGCAGAGCUGCUGGAGAAAAUGUACCAAAUCACCAUCACGUACUUCUAUAGCAGCUGGGAAGAGAUCCGGGCAGUUGCAGCCAACUUAGCUGGCAUCAUCCUGGAACACACAGACAGGCAGCGUAUGAAAUGGCUGGACCUGGAACAUCUGCUAAUGUCUCUCCGAGUCCUACAGAAAGACCCAAGUCCCACUGUCCAGCUGGUGGCAACUGAGAUCAUCAGUGACAUCUGUUCUGGCCGAGUGAUUGGGGAAUGAAGCGCAACGGAGACAAACAGAAGAAGGUGCUCCAGUAGUAUAAGGGCCCUACCAUCAUUCAAAUGUUAACCCCACCCCUUGCCCACCGGUCACCAGAAGUCCCACACCCAUGGGGUAUUACUUCCGGGGUCAAGGCGGACACAUAACCAGAAGCAAGGUGUGUCAUGUGGCCCCUCUAAGAACUCCUCUCACCGUCCUCUACCAAUCAGGAGGGGUUUCAGCCACUGGGGACCACCAGUUUGACCAACUGGGAGGGAAUUCUGGGGUGGGGUGACCCAUCCGGAAGUGGUUCGUGUGACCCCUCUAAGAACUCCUCCCACCACCCUUUACCAAUUGCGAUGGGUUUUGGCUUCAGAGGACUGCCCCAAGACGAGAUCUGGCCAAAAUAGGGCAGGUUCUUGGAUGGGGUGAACUGCCCAGAAGAGGGUCAUGCGACCCCUCUAAGGACUCCUCCCAAUGCCCUCUGCCAAUCAGAAUGCAGAACCAUCACCCCAUAAGUCCCAGUACCGGGCAGAGGAGGCCAUCUCUUAUCAAGAAGACAUGUUUUAGAAAUUGUGGAAAGGCUGAGAGGAAACAUGGACUCCUCUACCACCCCCGUGAGAACUUCAGACUUUGUUUUAGCCCCGAGGACCUUUGGACUUGUAUGGAGAAAGUGCUACAGCAGUGAGAGUUCCAAGGAGGGCCCUUUGACUCAACCGUUGAUAAAUACCUUGGAACCCGACCCCGAAACCCAAACCAAUGAGUGUGACGGCCUCUCAUUGUCCACCCCCCUAAAGUUGGAAGAGGAUCAUGGCUUGGGGGAGUCACCAGCGGACAAGGUGAACGCGAAAUACGUCGCUCAGAUGCUGGCCAAGUAUCUCACAAACAAGGUCAUAUGUAAAUAACCCAGCCCCAGAUUUUCGAUUUACUGUGCACAUAUUUCCUACUAAACUGUUUGAAGUAUCUGUUUCAAUUGCUCAGAGGCCUGAUUUCUUCUUUCAGAGAAAUUGGGGCUUCCUGCAUGUCCACUGUAACCAUGAUGUGGGGGCUUCCUCCCUUACCCUUUCUCUGCAGAGAUGGAAGAAGACCUCAGUUCAGUGCCUCUCUGGGGUUUCUAACCACUCUUCCAGGAUCCCCACUGUGACAAAAUGGGAGAUUUUCUUAUAUUUUUGUGGUUUUCCAAUGAUUUGCAUGCAGAGGGAGUGGGACUCAGUGCCCCUGGGUGUUACUGGUUUAACGAGGUGAGGGGAGAGGGAGUUUGUUGUUACAGAGGACCGGAGAGGGAACUUGGGACCCCAGCCGAUGGCCUGGAGGAUGGACACCCCAGCGACCGCUGACCUGAUGACCCAGAGACCCAGAUGAGGAGUCAUAGCCGGUUCUAGCCAGUGGGAGGACAAUGGGCCGUGAAGAGAGGACCCCAUGACCCAACCAGCCGGUUCCAGCCAGAGGAGGGCAGAGAGGAAAGGAGGCCCAGACGACCCUGUUUACCUGGAGAGAAGACAAUGGACAGAGGGGGGCUUGGGGCCGGUGAUCUCAGAUGCAGCUGGGAAGCAGGGAGGCUCUUGGCUGGAGAGGAGGGGCAGGCAGAGCCCACCUGGAUGCAAGGAGACUGGGAUGUACUGGGCUGAGGGAGGUCAGGCCUGAGGCCCUGAGUGUUUCCUGUGCUGUGUUCAAUGCUCAAUAAACCCUCCUGUUUUACGCUG